GCAGCAGCAGCAGCAGUCAGAGAGGAAGAGGAGGAAGAAGAAGCAGCAGGAGUAUUAACUGUGUUCAGAGAGACAAGAUGAAGGUGUGUCUGCUGGUUCUGGGUCUGUCCCUGGUCCUCACCGUCUGUGUGGCCCGGUCCCCCUACCAGGCGGUGCUGCAGCACAGCAGGAUCAGAGGCCGGCAGCAGGGGCCCAACGUCUGCGCCAUGCAGCAGAUUAAAGGCACCGAUAAGAAAUAUUUCACCAACUGCAAACAGUGGUACCACCGCAAGAUCUGUGGCCAUCCAACGAUGAUCACCUACGAGUGUUGUCCUGGUUACGAGAAGAUUCCUGGAGAGAAGGGCUGUCCUGCAGCGCUGCCUCUGGUGAACAUCUACAACACGCUGGGUGUAGUCGGAGCGACAACCACUCAGAUGUACUCUGACCGAGCAAAGCUGAGGGACGAGAUCGAAGGUCCGGGAAGCUUCACCUUCUUCGCCCCGAGCAACGAGGCCUGGGCGGCUCUGCCCACAGAGAUCCUCGACGCUCUGGUGAGCAACGUGAACAUCGAGCUGCUGAACGCUCUUCAUUACCACAUGGUGAGCCGCCGGCUGACCUCCGAGGAGCUCAGACACGGAUCCUCCUUCGCCUCCAUGUACCAGGACUUCCACGUGCACAUCCACCACUACUCCAACGGGAUUGUGACGGUGAACUGUGCUCGUCUGAUCAAACCUGACCAACACGCCACCAACGGCAUCGUGCACGUGGUCGACCGCGUCAUCACCGCCAUCUCCAACAACGUGCACACACUCAUCGAUGUCGACGACGACCUGGAAACACUGCGUACGGCCAUCGCUGCCGCAGGUCUGACCAACAUCUUGGAGAGCGAGGGUCAGUACACCAUCUUCGCUCCCACCAACGAAGCCUUCGAGAAGAUUCCUCCAGAGACCCUGAACAGGAUCCUGGGAGACCCCAUAGCUCUGAAAGACCUUCUGAACUACCACAUCCUGAAGAACAUGCAGUGUGCAGAGUCCAUCGUGUCGGGGACGCCGAUGGAGACGCUGCAGGGCACCGUGCUGGAGGUCGGCUGCGAGGGAGAUCAGAUGACUCUGAACGGGAAAGCCAUCAUCACCAAGAAGGAUCAGCUGGGAACCAACGGAGUCAUCCACUACAUCAACGAGCUGCUCAUCCCCGACUCAGCCAAAACUCUCCUGGAACUCGCCGACGGUUCAACUGUUGCCACGGCAACCAAGCUUUUCGUUGACGCCGGCCUGAGCUCUCACCUGACGGGCUCUGAGCCGCUGACCAUGCUGUCUCCUCUGAACGAAGCCUUCAAAGGAAGUCUGACGAUGACACCCGACAUGAGGAGGCUGAUGACCAAUCACAUCCUGAAGGAGCAGCUGUCCUCCAAGUCUCUGUAUCACGGUCAGGAGCUGGAGACGCUCGGAGGACUCAAACUCAGAGUCUUCGUCUACAGAAACAACCUCUGCAUUGAGAACGCCUGCAUCGCCGCCCACGAUAAGAUGGGACGCUAUGCCACCAUGUUCACCGUGGACAAAGUACUCGCCCCCCCAAUGGGAACCGUGAUGGACGUGCUGAAGGCUGACGACCGCUUCAGCCUCCUGGUCGGUGUGAUCCAGACUGCAGGUAUGACGGAGCUGUUGAACCAGCAGGGGGCGCUGACCUUCUUCGCUCCCACCAACGACGCUUUCAACGCGAUGCCGAAGCCUGAAUUCAGCAGACUGAUGCGUAACCCUCAGGAGCUGUCAGCAGUACUGAAGUAUCACCUUGGUGAAGGGAUGCUGGUGAGCGGAGGCGUUAGUGGGUCUCACACCAGAGUGAAACCUCUGCAGGGAGAGAAGCUGGAGCUCGGCGUGCGGAACCAAACCGUGUACGUUAACAGGAUCCCGGUGGCGGACGCAGACCUGAUGGCGACUAACGGAGUCGUUCACGCUAUGAACAGCAUCAUCAAACCUCUGCCAGUGAAGGUGGACCGUGAACAGGCUGACGGACCUGCAGCGCCGCUCAGAUCAGCUGCUUCCUCCAGGCUCGACUCCAGGAGCUUCAGAGACGAUGAUCUUUUCCAGAAGGUGCUGAAGAGUCGCUCCAGCAGGACGAUGAACCUCAGCCGUUAAACCGAGCGAGAGGACGAGACAAACGUCCCAACUCAACAUCUGAGCAACCAAAGAAGAAGAAGAAGAAGAACAGAUUUACGUUCUCACACAAAAAGAGAAAAAUCCCCCUUUAACCCUCCGACGCUCCUGCUGGUUGGUUUUAAUCAUGGAGACAGAAACCAGCUGGUUUAAUAUUACAAAUAAAAACUUCACCUUUUCUUUUUUUUUGUCGUUUGUUUACGUAAGUUGUUGAAAGGAAUUCUGGGAAAUGUAGGCAACCACUAAGUGAAGCGACGAUUCUCCUCGUUCAGUUUUUACAUUUCUAAUUUUUCUUUAAUCUUUAAACUCUCUCAAUCCCAGCGGUUUAUAUUAGUCACUUUAUUUCUGGCUAAACUACGAUACCCACGAGCCUCGGCUGCUGUAGCUGAACAAAAAGUGUCUCCAUGGUUACCGAAUGAUCUCAAAGUGAUCCAGAGGUGAAAACUGAACUGAUUUAAUCUGUAGAUUGUAAAAUAAAUUGAAUCUUUCGCUUCUGCUCACCGAUAGCGACGCACGUGAUUGGCUGUCUCUGGCUGAAAUGCAUCCUGGGAGUUGUAGUCGACUUCUCUUCCUCAGUUUUUCAUGUCUGCCGGCUUCGAAAACAAAUAAUUAUUGUUUAACCUCCUGAGACCCAGGAUGUUGUUUGCGAUGCAUUUAUAAUUUCUCCUAGAUAUUUUAGUCGGACCUGAUAAAUACAAAAAGUGUAUAAAAUAGUUUCUUUCCGUACAUUUACACUUUCCCUUUGCACAACCAAUAAUAACGUCCUGAUGAUAACCAAGCUACAGAUGUUAUUAAGCAUAAAUAAACAAGUUUCAACCAUAAAAUUUGAAGGUUUUGAAGCUGGGGAUCAGCUGUUGAUUGAUUUUUACACUGUAAUGUGCUUUUGUUACCACUAGGUGGCACAAAAUGUCGUGUACGGACGAGGACAAACAGGUCAAAGUUCAGCAGAAUGACGUAAAAGGUCCAGCGAAGCUUAAAUGUAAUGUUCCUGUAUGAGGAGGAAGAGUCACAUUUAAUCCUGUAGCUGUCGGUAGUGUUAGAAGAGCUGCAUAUGAUCGGCCCACAGACUUUACAUUGUGAUGAUUUAUAAAUCUCUUUUCUUGUCUCGAGGAAAGUUAACAAAUAUAAAACCUCCAUGGAUCAAAAAUCAAUAAGAUAAAGAGUCAUAAUUGAGCUUGUCUGCAGUUUUACAGACAUCUCUUUUAUAAAAGUCAGUUAUUUUUACCUGCAGUACCGCGAGUGACCACUGGGAGACUCGGUGGCGCUCUAUCAGCUCUUAUAAAACAUCUACAUGCAGAACUUAAACCUGUCCAGAUGUCUCGUCCUCCUUCACAGCUUUCUAUCUGCUCAUCAGAGUGUUGGUGAAAUAAACGCUUCACUUAUCGUAAAGUUAUCGUAAAGUUAUCGUGAGUUCAGGAAGCCGCGGCGUGGCUUCGUCUUGAGGUUUUUUUUAAUGUUCCUGGGAGGUUUGAGAGGAUCUGAGGGGGAUUUUUCUGCUUUUUUAAAAUUUCUCAGACAGAAGAAGAUGAAUAAUUGUUUGUGAAGACGCUUUUUAUACUUUGUGUUUGUUUUAAAUCAGUGUUCAUGUUGUUGUUACACACUAGAAAUCACUGCGUUAGCAUCGGACCCAGUUUGUGUCGACGCAGCACCGACGGACUCAAACUGAAGCUCGUUGUAAUCUGAACGUUUCUUAUUGAUCGGUAAUAAGUUGUGUAUCUUCUGAAUGUUGUGUAGCUGGUUGUGUUAUUGGUGCUAUUUUAACUUAAACUGGGUCAGAUUUAAACCUUGUUCUUGUUUUAUGUGUAAAAAAAAAACUAAAAACUAAAAAAAAACUAGUUUUGACCGAAUGUCACUUUCUGAACUUCCCGCCUGUAAGAUAAAGUGUUUGUACUCUGUUGACGUCCUGCAGCAUGUCGGCAGGUCGGAGCUCAAACUGAACCAGCUGACGAUGUUUCUGAGGUUUUUAGGAUUGUUUUUUUCCUUUUUGUGUUUUUGUAAAAUAAAACUGAAAAAUGAGCUC